AGAAAGGGGGGACAGAAGAGAGAACAAGUACAAAGACCAAAACAGACUACGACUGGACCCAAGGAACAUAGAAGCAGUCUGCAUCCUGAACAGGACUAUACGCUUAUUUUGAUACAUAAAGAAAAAGAAAAUAUUGUUUUCAUUCGCCCUUAUGGCCAGUUCCUGAGAUCUGUUAUGACACUGAUUUUUAUUAACGAUGGAUGAGCCUAAAGACAUUUUUAUCCUAACUUUUGAUUAGGCUGGAUUCCAAAUAGCCUCUGUCAUUUUGCGGGAAUGCCAUCGCCCACUUUUGGAGUCUAGAGCACGGCUCAAUUGUGUUUGGAUGAUUGUAAAUUAUUACUGCAAAGUUUUUUACGUGCGCUAUCAUUCAUUUCAUCAUCCAGCUUGCCUGAUUUCCUAAGAGAUUCACUAGCCUAUCACAUCUCGCUUGCGACUGGACCUGUAAUAGCAACACAGAUCGCUUUUCGCAGACUGACACGAGUGCCUCCUAAACGGGAGUUGGCACCGUGUGUGUUCUUUCUCAAUCUGUUUUUAAACGUUUUAUAACUCUGGACGACAACAUUAUUCACCGUCUGAAAUGCUGCCUGUGACCCUUUUUUUUAUCCUCGUUUUCCCCGCCGCGCUCUUUGUGGCCGCGCACGGCGCCGGGGACCUCCAGGGUUUUACCUUCCCCGGUGGAAGUACAAGUUUCGACCCAACAGACCCCUGCAUGGUGGUGUAUCCACCAUGUAUGAGCGAGGCGGAUCGCUACAGCCUGGAGGCCCUGCGGAGCAUCCAUCAGAUGAUGGAUGAUGACCAAGACGGAGGGAUUGAGGUGGAGGAGAGCGUGGAGUUCAUCAUUGAGGACAUGAAACAGCAGCAAACCAAUAAACACAGCCACCUGCACAGAGAAGAUCAACAUAUCACAAUUGAGGAGCUCUGGAGGGGCUGGAAGUCAUCUGAAGUACAUAAUUGGACUCAAGAUAAUGUGCUUCGCUGGCUGAAGGAUUUUGUUGAGUUGCCCCAGUAUGAGAGGAACUUUAAGGACUUUAAAGUCAAUGGAAACACACUCCCCAGGAUUGCAGCCAAUGAGCCUUCAUUCCUGAGUGGCCAUCUGAGGGUUCAGGACCAGAGAGACAAACAGAAGCUCAACAUCAAAGCACUGGAUGUUGUUCUGUUUGGACCACCUACACGUCCCCCUCAUAACUACAUGAAGGACCUGCUGCUCAUUGUAUCAGUGGUGAUGGGAGUUGGAGGCUGCUGGUUUGCCCAGGCCCAGAACAAAGUCAGUAAGGUCCACAUAGCCAAGAUGAUAAAAGAUUUGGAAAGUCUGCAGAGGGCUGAACAGAGCCUCAAAGAUCUGCAGGAACAACUGGAGCGAGCACAGGAAGAAAAACGUAACGUCGCAGAGGAGAAACAGAACCUGGAGGAGAAGAUGAGGGAUGAGAUCAUAGGGGCGCAGGAGGAGGCUUACCGCCUUCACGAGCUGAGGCAGGGAGCUGUCAGUGAGCUCAGCCGCCUCCGAUAUGCAGAGGAAGAGCUGGUGCAGGUCCGUGGAGCACUGAAGCAGGCAGAGAAGGACAUGCAGGCUAGCUGGACAGCCUCAGAGGCCCUCCAGCUGUGGUUACAGCUGACACAUGAGGUAGAGGUCCAGUUCUACAAUGUAAAGAGGCACAGAGCAGAACUACAGCUUGGCAUUGCCAAGGAAGAGGCAGAGAAGAUUAAGAAGAAGAGGAGUUCUCUGUUUGGGACUCUCCAUGUCGCACACAGCUCCUCUCUGGACCAAGUUGAUCACAAGAUCCUGGAGGCAAAGAAUUCCUUGUCUGAAGUAACAGCCUGCCUACAGGAACGCCUCCAUCGCUGGCAGCAGAUUGAGCGCCUCUGUUGCUUCCCCGUCAUUAGGAAUCCUGGCCUAACUAACCUCACUGCUCAGCUCUAUUCAGAUCCUAUUGCCCUGGGGUUUCCCAGAGUUCCCCAGCCAUCUUGGUCAUGCCACAGCUCUGAUCAUGGAUCUAUGGAGGAUCUGUUAGAAGAGCCUGCUUCUCCAAUCUUACCGCAUAUGACAGUUCCAGUUCCACCACUGAAGCGUUCUCCACGAACACGGGGAUCCACCAUAUGUCGAUCACGUCGUCCUGGCGCUAUCAGUCAGCCAUUGGCUACAAUGACCUCUCCGGACCCUGACCUUCUUAUCCCCAUCAGAGACCCAUACACAUGCGAGGAAGAGGGGCUCCUCCGGAAAACUCCAAAGAAACAAGACUCCCAAGAGAUGUCCUCAGACACAGAAUAUAUGACUUCACCUCUUCCCAGCAAAAUGUUCCCUAGUCCUACUGUUGACAGUUUAUCUGAAAAGCUCUAUUAUGAUGAAACUGAGCUGUUUUCAGACAGCUUCAUUAAACAGAAUUUGAGGAAAGAAGAAGAAGCUGAUGUUGAAUCUCCAGUUCGCAAAACUUCUGUUGAAGAGCUUGAAGCUUGUGUAGAUAUUUCCUUGGGAAAGAUGGCAAAAGACAAAGUGUUGGACACUUCUUUGGAAACCCCCUCUUUGAAGACAUCCAAAGAAGAGUCUUUGAUUGAUGCUACAUCAAGGAAGAUAUCCAGAGACAGGAGUGACAUGGAUUUUGCUGUUAGAAAGGUGCUUUCCAAUGAGUUGGAUGCAGAUUUCUCAGCCAGAAAAAUAGAGAGAGAUACAAAAGGGGGUUUAAUGGACACCGCUUCAAGGAAUGUAUACAGAGAAAUAAGUGAUUUACCUCUGGAUGUGAGAAAGAUUAUUUGGAAAGAAUUAGAAGCAGCAACAGAUUUGGCACCCAGGAAGUUAUCCAGAGACAUGAUGGGGACUUCAAUGGACAGUGCCUCAAGAAAGAUGGUACAAGAUGAUGUUGAGCGUCCGUUUAACUCAGUAUCCAGAAGGAUUACAAGAGAUUCAAUGGGAUCGUCCCUAGACACAGGUACUGGAAAGAGUCAGUGGACUAAAGAAGACUUCCAGCUUGAUUUCUCUGUAAGGGCUUUAGCAAUGGACAAAAUGGUUGAGGCUACUAGAACACCACAAAGAAAGAUAUCUAGAGAUGAGCUUCAGUAUUGUAAAGAUACCGCUUCUAUAAAAAUACUACCCAAAGAGAGAUUUGAAGCACUUAUGGAUACCUCGUCCUCUACAGAGAAGCAAGAGUGCAAUAUAGAACCAUCAACAAGUAGAAAGAUACCUAGAGACGAACUUGAGAUGCCUGCUGGUUCUCUCAGAAGGAGAAUACUCAGAAUGCCAAGAGAUGACAUUGACUCUUCCAUAGACACUCCCACAGGAAAGAUCUCCUGGGAUAGAGUUGAUGUUCCAAUGGACAUACCUAAGCAAUCAAUACCGAGGGAGGAGUUGAGAGCAUCUAAAUCAGGUUCAUCUCCAGGUCGAAUUGGACAGCCAGACGUUAUGAUAACCUCCCAGGUACCAUGGGAGUCGCCAGCAGACCUUUUCACUGGCCCAUUGAGCCAGCUAGUGUAUGAUGGAAUCCUUGAGAAGUCCUGCCACCCCGUGGCUACGACCUCAACCAGCCUCUCAGCCUCAACACCCAACCUGCCCCAGAGCAGGCUGCUAGCAGAGGUGGAGCCACCAUUGCCACCACCAAGGAUUGCUUUCCCAUCUCCUGCAUUGGCCACUGAGACUGGACAUGAAAGAAACAAACAUAAGGAAAAGAGCAGGAAAUCCUUAAAGCUCAAAAAUCCUUUUAAAAAGAAAACCGAUUCAACUCCAGAGAAGCCUCAAAGUGGUCUUCAAAAACUGUGAUGAUCAACUUAGAAUGUUUUAUUUUUUAUUUUUGUUCAUUUUAUUCAACUGAAAAAUUAGAGUUUUAGAACUUCAUUGACAAUAUCUUGAAUGGAAAGUUGAAGUAGAUUUAUUUUCUUUUAUGUCUUUCUCUUAUGUCUAAUGUAGACAUUGGUUGGUAACAUAUUAUUUUAGAUGCAAAUUCUUUGAGGCUUUUCCUAUGGUUGAAGGAUUGAAUGAUGUUUAACUGAUGCUGCUUCUGUAUAACGGAGGCAAUGAUUGAAUUCAGUUUAAACCUCAAUUGAAGACAUUUAUUGCAGUAUAAAAUCAAUGCAUUCUAUUCCAAGAUAACUUUUCUUUAAUUUAGAUAUGUCCCAAUCACAAUUUUCCCCACUUGAGUCAGUAUUCAAAGUCGGGUCUGACAUUUUUAUGAAUUUCUUCCAUACAGCUGCUUGAAAAGGCCCUGGAAAAAUCCAUUUUGUAAUAGGGUUCGGCUAAUUAGUUCUUACAAGGAAUAAUUGGGUCUUAAAUGAACAUACAAGUCUCUGUCAGAAUUAGAAGUUAGUUUUCAUUAUUUCACAUGACACAUUUCUGUAUUUGUGUUCUUCCCAUUGGUUUGAGGUGGGUGGGACUCAGUUGGGAAAAAUAGAGUGAUUUAACAUAUGUGCAUGCACCAUUCAGGAUUUAGCAACACUUAAAUCAGAAUCUGAUAACAAUUGUGGGUUUGUAUGAUUAUCCAAUUAUCAAACUACACCAACAGAGUCCAGAUUACGGACAUUAGCAGAGUUUUAAGGUUUAAGGUUUAUAAAUAAAUAAUAUACAGUAUGUGGUAGUUUUUCUAUAACUUAUUAUCAAUAAUAUAUAUUUUAUUGAUGCUUAUUUAGUCUUGGCUAUUUAUUGUUACUCAGGCUUUACUUAGGUUUUUGCACUAUAUAGCCUGCAGUAAAGAAUAAUUCCUUUCCAUAAAAAAUAAAGAAAAAUAAAUCCUUUUAAUAAUUUCAUUUCACAUUUUGUAUAGCUUCCAAUAAUGUUUUGUAUAUUUAUGAAAAAAGAUGUGUCAGUGUUGAUAUGUUGUUUCAGGAAGCAUUGAACAUGGUUGAGACAGCCGCUUUUCUUUGAUUGCCAGUUAAAUUCAAAGGCUAUUUUCAAUCAACAUCACUAGGUUUAGGGUGUGGUUAACCAAGGAAAAUGUUGUUGAAAUAUACACAAAAUUAUAUAUGUAUAUAUAUAUAUAUAUAUAUAUAUAUACCCCUUUCUCAUUCAAAGUGUUUUCUUUUUUUUCAUGACUAUCAACAUUGUAAAUUAUCACUGAAGGCAUCAAAACUAUGAAUGAACACAAAUGGAAUUAUGUACUUAACAAAAAAGGGUAAAAUAACUGAAAACAUGUCUUAUAUUCUAGUUUCUUCAAAGUAGCCACUCUUUGCUCUGGUUACUGCUUUGCACGCUCUUGGCAUUCUCUUGAUGAGCUUCAAGAGGUAGUCACCUGAAAACAUGACUGUCCGUCAUUUCUUAAAGUACUGAUGGCCACUUGUUUCUCUUUACUUAGCUGAUUGGUUCUUCCCAUAAUAUGAAUUCUAAUAGUUGUCCAAUAGGGCUGUUGGCUGUGUAUCAACCUGACUUCUGCACAACGCAACUGAUGGUCCUAACCCCACUAAUAAGGCAAACAAUUCCACUAAUUAACCCUGACAAGGCACGCCUGUGAAGUGAAAACCAUUUCAGGUGACUACCUCAUGAAGCACACUGAGAGAACACAGAGGGUUUGCAGCACUAUCAAAAAACAGACAUGAAUAUAAGACA